ACGUCAUCGGUGCCAGGUUGGAAGUUGUGGACAUGGAUCCUGGUGACCAGGACCUUCUGGUCAGUUACCAGGAACAGCAGGAGGGAAUAUUCCCAGGGAAUGGCUAUUCCGGACCGAAUAUUACCAUCGAAGGACAGGAAGAGGCAGAAGAAGUGAUGGCUAAAUGGUCAGUCACCAGACCUGGGGGUGUGAGCAGGGUGGAGCUGGACAAGCUGCUGCAGAUGCCCGUGAACCCCAACGAGGUGUACAACAACAACAACAAUAACAACAACAACAGCGCGGCCGAGACGGCUUCCGAGACGGACAGCGGCAUCUCCGACGACCAGCGGCCCGACAGCCCCCUUCCCGCCGAGACCACCCCUGCCCGCCUCUUCCAGCUCGUGUACGGGGUCAGCGUGAAGACGGAGGCACCGAGCGUUGAUGCCGACCUGGUGUCCAUCGAGCUCGGCAGCUGGAAGAGCCAGGUGUUGCUGCCCGAGGCUUGCAUCGUAGACACUGCACCGGGAACCAGCAGCGGCGCCAGGAGGGCAGGAUACGGCGCCGGCGGCGACCCGGGCACCACGGACAGCCUGCUGCAUUUCCCGGAUCUGUCCUUAACCGAGGAGGAGAAGCGAUUGCUGAGUCAGGAAGGCAUCGUACUGCCUAGCAACCUACCGCUGACCAAGGCAGAGGAGCGGAUUCUGAAGAAGGUUCGGAGGAAGAUCAGGAACAAGCAGUCGGCGCAGGAGAGUCGCAGGAGGAAGAAGGAAUACAUCGACGGGCUGGAGAGCAGAGUUGCUGCAUGCACCGCUCAGAACCAAGAGCUUCAGAAGCAGGUGGAACAGCUGGAGCACCACAACCUGUCUCUGAUCACCCAGCUGCGGAGACUGCAGUCUCUAAUUAAACAGACGUCAAACAAAGCGGCCCAGACCAGCACCUGCGUCAUGAUCCUGGCCUGCUCCCUGGUGUUGCUGAUCUUUCCCAGUUACAGCCCGUUCCGGUUGGAGAAUCCGGUCAGCCAGCAGGGCUACAAACCCACCGGAGUGAUCUCCCGGACAAUCCUGACCGACGUGGAGUCCUCCCGGAGGUCGGAAGGCGCGGAACCGGUGGAUCUGCAGGGCGAUCGGCGGGACCCAGCGGACCCCUUGCAGAUGUUGCCCACCGCCGGCGGGACGCGACCCUCCCCCGAGGGGGAGCCUGCCGUCGCCCGGGGCAGCCACCAGGAGGCGGGCAGGAGCCCCUCGCCUGUCCCGUCCGGUCCCGGCGCCACCGCCAACGGGAGCCGCCUUCAACCUCCAGGACAGGACCCUUCACCCGCGGGCGCCGACUCGUCCAAACCCGGGCACGCAGACGAGAUGUGACGGGGGGAACCGCACGGCUGCCGACUGACCCCCGCCCGCUGACGGGACCCCCGGCCUGUGUGGACGACAGGACACCGAGGGACCGGUCAGUGGGUGCCCGGCCGCACUGACCCCCAGACACUUCCCCUCCUGACGGGACAGGCGCUCUCCCACCGGGCUCGGGAGAGGGGACUGUGGGUGCGGCAUUCCUCACUGUGGCGGGUUAUACUUAGGUUCCCCGAAACCUCUGCCCUGUCCCUGGUUCUCCCUCUGUCUGUGUCUUACACUGUCUAUCACUCUCUCCCUUCAUUCUGUCUGUCUGUCUCUCUCUCCGCCUGUGUGUCUCUCUUUGUAUCUCUCUGUCUCUCUCUAUUUCUCCAUCUCUCUCCCCUCUCUGUCCCCCCCUCUCUGUCUGUCUGUCUCUCUCUCCGUCUGUGUGUCUCUCUUUGUAUCUCUCUGUCUCUCUCUCUGUCUCUCUCUAUUUCUCCAUCUCUCUCCCCUCUCUGUCCCCCCCUCUCUGUCUGUCUCUCUCUCCGUCUGUGUGUCUCUCUUUGUAUCUCUCUGUCUCUCUCUAUUUCUCCAUCUCUCUCCCCUCUCUGUCCCCCCCUCUCUGUCUGUCUCCGUCUCCGUCUGUGUGUCUCUCUUUGUAUCUCUCUGUCUCUCUCUCCGUCUCUCUCUAUUUCUCCAUCUCUCGUCCCCUCUCUGUCUCCCCCUCUCUGUCUGUCUGUCUCUCUCUCCGCCUGUGUCUCUCUCUUUGUAUCUCUCUGUCUCUCUCUCCGUCUCUCUCUAUUUCUCCAUCUCUCGUCCACUCUCUGUCUCCCCCUCUCUGUCUGUCUGUCUCUCUCUCCGUCUGUGUGUCUCUCUCUCUUUGUAUCUCUCUGUCUCUCUCUAUUUCUCCAUCUCUCUCCCCUCUCUGUCCCCCCCUCUCUGUCUGUCUGUCUCUCUCUCCGCCUGUGUGUCUCUCUCUUUGUAUCUCUCUGUCUCUCUCUCUGUCUCUCUCUAUUUCUCCAUCUCUCUCCCCCUCUCUGUCUCCACCUCUCUGUCUGUCUGUCUGUCUCUCUCUCUCUGUCACUCUCUCUGUGUCUGUCUGUCUCUCUCUCACUGUCUCUCUGUUUGUUCUGGGAUGCAAUCUACAUGAAAUAAAAUAUUUGAUAUCUGCAUAACCUC